AUGGAAGAAAAGGAACAUUUGAAUAAAAUUUUAAAAGAAAAUCAAGAUAUAGAGAAAACAGGGAAAAAAAGGAUAUUUUUUGAUAAUGAAGAGUGUAAUCUUUUGGAAAAAACAGCAAAAUUUGAAACUCAAAAUAAUAAAUUUUUGGUAAAUGAAAUACUGUUAUCUAAAGAGACAAAAAAUACAAAUGAAGCAACACUGUCUUUUCCACAAAAAGAUGCAGAUGUUUUAAAUGCAUCAGAGUCUUCUAAUUCUGAAAAAAAGAUACCAAUUCGAAAAUUUAAAGCUCCAAGUAUUGUAAAAGAACAAUCAGAGACAGAACGUAGAUCUGAGAGAAAAAGAAUUCGUUAUAAUGAAAUGAAUCAGAAUUAUGAGACGUAUGUAAGUAGUCAAAACGUUACAGAUCUAGUAAGGCAAUAUUACAACGAAAAGCCUGAAGUAGGAAGAAAAAGACGUGAAAGUUCGCCUAUUAUUGGACUCAGAAACUUUAAUAAUUGGAUUAAGUCGGCAUUAAUAAGAAAAUUUUCAAAGAUGUUUCCUAGAGAUAUAGCUAUACUUGUUUUAGAUAUUGGGUGUGGAAAGGGAGGCGAUCUUUUGAAAUGGGUUAAGGCAGGAAUUGCUGGAUAUAUAGGAAUUGAUUCUGCAGAAGUUUCUAUUAUGCAAGCUCGUGAAAGAUAUAGGAGACUGAAAUUUUUUAAUUUUGUUGCAAAAUUUUAUGUUUUAGAUUGUUAUACAAAUCCUCUUGAAUCUAUUCUUCCUCCUGAUGAGCGCAAAUUCGACAUUGUAAGUAUGCAAUUUUCUAUGCACUAUGCUUUUGAAACAGAGGCAAAAUGUCACCAAAUGCUUUCUAAUGUUUCAAAGAGUCUUACACGGGGUGGUAAAUUUAUUGGCACUAUACCUAGUAGUGAUUUUAUUAUUGAAAAAAUUAAAAAACUAAAAGACGGUGAAAAAGAAUGGGGGAAUUCAAUUUAUAAGAUACAAUUUGCAAAUAGACCACUGUCCGAAUUCCGUCCUCCGUUUGGACAUUGUUAUAAUUUUUAUCUUGAGGAUGCAAUUACUGAUGUUCCCGAGUAUGUUGUGCCUUUUGAGGCUUUUAGAGCACUUGCACAAGAUUACAAUUUAGAAAUGCUUUAUUGUAGACGAUUUCAUGAUAUUUUUUUUGAAGAACAAAAAGAUCAUGACAUAAAAAUGCUUCUUGAACGUAUGAAAUUAGUUGACAUGCAAGGAAAAAGGAUUAUUUCUGAUGAUGAAUGGGAUGUUGCUGGAUUUUAUCUUGCAUUUGCAUUUGAAAAAAGAGGAAUAUAA